AUGCCUACCAUAAACUACGCAGAAGCGUAUGGCUAUGACUCCAUGACUGCAGCUGUGGUCUUCGCCAUCGCCUUCGCCCCACUUUGCGGAUUUUUCGCUUUCCAAUUCAUCAGAAUUCCCACUUAUGUAUACGGCAUACUGGGCUUGUUCUGCAUACUUCGCGUCGCCGCAUUCGCCAUACGCGCUAUCAUGAUAAAUUCUAUCGGGGCGGCAGAAAAUCUCGACCUAUUUAUUGCAGACCAAGUGCUGUUUGGGAUUGGAUUUUUUGGUCUAUUGUAUGCUGCUUAUACUCUUGUCCUUGACCGAGGACUCCUCAGCAAGGCUCCUCCUCCCGAAGACAGAAUAUCCAUGAUUGCAAGUAACCGCAGAUUGUUUAGGCUUCUCCUAUUGGUUGCCGUGGGGCUAGGAAUAUACGGGAUAACCUCCAGCUUCAAUGACCCGUCAAGUUCCAUCGCCUCGACCUUGCGGAAAGUCAGCGUCAUCAUUUUCCUGGUCCUUACCGUCAUUCAAGCAUACCUUACUUUUGUGCUGAUAAGGAGAGAGCUGCAAGAUAGGUAUCGACCACUGCAGUACACUAGCUUCGGAGAAAGACACGGCGCAUUUAUUCUUUGCGCUAUAUCUUUGCUCCUUCUGGUGCGCGAGGCUUUCAUGAUCGCCACUAUCAAUGAUUCGAAGAAGGAAGCUGAUGAACACUUCUGGUAUCCGCUGGUCGCGAUACCAGAGAUAUUAGCUGUUUUACUUUAUUGCGCACCGGGUCUAGUUCCCCCCCGAUCUCAAUUACCCAAAUGA